UAGCAAUAUUCUCCAAAAAAAAAAAACCUAGCUCGUUCAUUAUCUUCUUCUUCAAUUCAAGGCUUUCUCUCUGCGUCUGUUGAGUUAUGGAUUCCACAAAAAAUGAUGCUCCCGACGGCAAAACGAAGGGGCGCUUCUGUUUGUUAGCUUCUGGUGCGCUAAUUUUCGUUGGCAUCGCAGUCUUGCUUUAUCUUACCCAAUUUCAGCCCCAUAAGCCACGGUUUAUCAUUCAGGACGCUACUGUCUACGGCUUGAAUUUUUCAAACCCAAACUUGCUAACUUGUAGCAUGCAGGUCACUUUAUCUACAAGAAACCCUAAUGCCCAUUUUGGGAUAUACUAUGAAAAGCUUGAUGUACAUGCUAUCUAUCAACACCAACAGAUAACCCUAGCAACUGCGCUGCCUGGGACUUACCUAGAUCACGAAGAGGUCUCUGUGUGGUCUCCGGUUUUGUACGGUAAAGAUGUACCGAUUUCUCCACUUGUGGCUGCUGGAUUGAUGGAAGACUUGCAAUCUGGCUGUGUGUCACUCGAUAUCAAGGUUUAUGGGAGGCUGAAAUGGAAGCUUGGCUCGUCGAUGAUUGGCAAAUAUCAAUUGAUCGCGAAUUGCCCAGCUUAUAUUCCUCUUGGAAACCCAAGUAAAAUGGAGUCAGCAGUCAAGUAUGAAUUUGUGCAGCUUUGUAAAGUGAAAGUUGAGUAACUGAGCAAGGCCAGUAUUUAACUAAAUUCAGCUGAUGCUACCUUGCUAGGGUUUUUUUGGGGCACAAAUAUUAAUAGCUAGGAAGUUUAUUUUGUGUGAUUUUGAGUUUAAUCAGGGUUAAAUCCAAGUGCAUUAAAAAAAUUAUG